AUGAUCGUUGGAAGCGCUGGGCAUCCGUAUUGGCAAUGUCUAGUGCUGUGUGACGCCCUUUUAUCGCUUCCAAAUGUACACGUUGCCGACAUUUGUGGCAUUCAACAAGGCCAUGACUCGAAUGAAAAAUUAAUACAGAAGGAAGCUCGCACAGCAGGCACACCAACCUCAUUAACACCAAACCCAUCAGAAAUCGCCAAACCGCUUCUUCCAGGCUUUUUCCCAGGCGACAUUCCUCCUAUCAACAUUGCCAAACUACUGGUCAAGGAACGAAGUUUAUCGAAUCCACUACUUCCCACAGCUGUCAAGGUCACUGGAUCGCUAGGAUCACUUGAGAAGAAGACAAAGAAACUGGUCACUACCCACUUGUUACCACUAGGGGUUGAUAGAAAAGCUUAUGUUGACUCGCUCCCUUGGCAAUCAAGUUCGGACGGCAAAAGGCUUAGCGUCAAGCUGAUUUUCGGAAGGGCCCUGUUUCAAAGGCUGGGAAAGAGUCAAUGGGACGCCAUUUUGGAAUGCCUCGAAUCUGGCCAAGUUGUGGAGGUGAUAGCACAAACCCGAGUCAUUGACAGAGAGUCGCUUUGCAAAUGGGUCGAAAACCGAUGUCUCGAAUUGGAAGUCCGCGAGUUUCGCAUUCUCACUUUGGAUCAAUCAUCCGACGGGAAUGAUGACGUCCCAGCCCAGCUUAGAACGGACACGGCGCAGAUGCCAUUCAAGCACAAGCCAAAGUCUGAAUGGACGACUCCCCAGUUUGCACCGAUCACUAUGGAAGAUAUCUUUGGAGCAUCAAACAGGAUUGAAUUCGUAAACUCGACAGAAUCGAUACAGUCCUUUGUCACAGCGACAGCUGGGUCGAUCUCGUCACCUGCUGAACCUUCUUCGGACGACCACAGGUCCUCUUUUCCCGCAAGCCACCUGGUGGGCAUUGACUGCGAGUGGCAGCCCAAUCAAUUGUCAGCUCGCGGAGAGAAGCAACCUGUUCUACUGCUACAAAUUAGCAUGCAUACAUUACAAAAGGUGUAUCUAUUCGAUCUGCAAACUAUGUUACGACCCUUGUUGCCACCAGACGAAUCCAUGAACGAGAUGGAAUCCUAUGUUUCCCAAGCCUUGUUGAAACUCUUUCGAUCCAAAAAGAUUAUCAAAGUUGGCUACCAAGCAUCUUCGGACUUGAUGCGUGUUGCCGCCAGUUACCCACACCUUCCCUGUUUUCAAGAGGUACCCUCUGUACUGGAAGUGGAUAGCUUUGUCAAGCGCACCUUGCAAAUCAAAAAACAGAAAAAGUCUCGGGCCAUUACCAUGUCCUUGGCCAAGCUGACGGCACACUAUCUCCAAAAAAGCAUAAGUAAGGAAUGCCAAGUCUCCAACUGGUCGGCCCGUCCUUUAGGUCAAAAUCAACUGGAAUAUGCUGCCAUUGACGCUGCCAUUGGUCCCGUUUUGGUGGAAAAUGCCAUGGAGUCCAUCAAUGCUACAAUGGUCAAUGUUACUAGCAAUGAGAUUUCACCAAAAGUGGAACGAUGGGAGGGAGACGAUGGAAUGAGCAAGGUCAUUUGCAAUUGGCGAUUCACUCACUUUCAGUGUGGUGGCGGGAGGAGCGAACACGAAAAAUACAAGCUCGACAAAUUAAAGGCAGGUCAAGUCUUUGGUGGGGACUCAUCAUGGACCGUGUCUCAGAAUUGGAUCGUCGGGAAACCAGAGCCGCCUGUUCCCUCACUAUUGUCAUCAUCCUGA